AGGUAGGUGAGAAAGUAGACCCACACGUUUGUUUUUCCGCCAUUGAUUGAACCUUUUAAACGUGACACAGUCUUUGCAACAUUAAACUAGUUCAGUGAAGACAACAUUGAGCUACACCCUCUCAGGUUACAUCUAAGCUAGCUCUGAGGCAUACGGUUCUCCCCCCCCCCCCUCACCGCCCCUCUACCGUCGGCUCCCCAUCAUAUUCCCUCUGUCUGUUUCCCUGAGUCAUUGCGCUGCACCGGCGGUCUCCUGUGUGGCUUACAGCGGCUCUCUGGCUCCUGUCGCUCCCUCUGAUGAAAACACUCGACGACGUUUGACAUGACUGAAGUGGCUCCAAGCUGCCCUGAGAUGACAGCGCUGGCCCCUCCUCCUGCACCGCUGAUUUCCAGUAGGAAUGCAUCUCCUGCUCGAUCACCAUCCAGUCACAACAGCACGACAGAGAUUUCCGAGGUGCUGCGGGAUAAGACCCGCCGUGCGCAGCAGCAGCUGGAUCGCAGCGCCGAGGAGCGAGGGAGGAAGAUGGACGUGCAGAAGAGGAAGGAGCAGCAGCGCCGGGUGGCAGCCGGGGAGAAGAGACGGCAGCAGCAAGAGGCAGAGAAGGUCAGAGAAUACCAGAACCCGCUUACAGCAGCAGCGGCUUCACACCCUGUUUACGCAGCAGACGUAGCGUUAGCGGCACGUUAG